CCCACCGCGGGGCGACAACAAAAAAGUCCCAACUUCUCAACACCAAACCUUCCAUCACCACGUCAAACCCUCCCUCUCUAUCACUCUUCACCUCAGUAAUCUCAAAAUGCCAAAGAAACUCUCCAAAAACCCGCUUCCGCCGAGCACCUCAACCCUCUCUACAAUCUCAACAACAUCAACAUCAUCCACCGCCCUCCCAUCCUCCCUCGCCGAUCCCACCCUUCCGCUCCCCAAGCUCAUCGUCUUCGAUCUCGACUACACCCUCUGGCCAUUCUGGGUAGACACCCACGUAACACCACCCCUAAAACCCAACUCCUCACACACAAGCGCCACAGAUCGAUACGGCGAGGACUAUGGUUUCUUCAGCGACGUCCCUGCCAUUCUUCACGCCCUGCCGCGCGCCGGUAUAAAAAUCGGCGUGGCAUCGCGAACUUCUGCGCCGAGCCUUGCGCGCGAUUUGUUAAAGAUGCUGCAUAUCACUGGACCAGAGGGCGGGAAGCCAAAGAAAGCGCUGGAUGUGUUCGAGGGCUUGUUGGAGAUUUAUCCAGGGUGCAAGAUCAAGCACUUUGAGAGCUUGCAGAAGAGGACGGGGAUCAAGUAUGAGGAUAUGCUGUUCUUCGAUGAUGAGGUGAGGAAUAGAGAUACGGAGAGUUUGGGGGUGACGAUGUGUCUUGUUAGAGAUGGGGUUACGUGGGGGGAGCUUGAGAGGGGUGUUACCCAGUGGAGGAAUAGAAGGGGAUAUAUCACAAGACCAGAAGUUCCAGAGAUGGAAUAGACUUCGUAACGUCAUUGCUAGAAUAGAGUUCAAUAGAGGCACGCGGCAUAGAAGAUCAGGAUUAGGGAAUAGAAUAAAGA